AUGGAUGAAAAAUCAAACACUCCACACGAAAGCUGCUUAGAACAUGUUUAUGUACCUGAAGCCCAGCAACUAUUGCUAUUGAAAAACAUUCGAGACAGGAUCGUGUGCAACGAAAAAGAAAAGACGCUUCUAUUUGAAACAGGAUUCAUAGAAACACUUUCUUUUUCCAAUGUGUCCGAACUUGAGUGCUUGUAUCUAGACAUACUGUCUUUACUGGCAACAUCCAGAAAUACGGAAAUCAAACAGGAUGUUAGAGGAUGCAUUGAUCGUGUUUUCUGCUUUCUGAGCUCAUCAGGCCCUCCAUUGACUAAAUUACAUGCAUCGAUGUUCAGAUCGUUCAGAGUAAUGCUUUCUGAAACAGGUGCAGAUCUUUUGCAUGACUGUUACUUUGAUUUUUUUCUAUCUGUUAUUGAGAAUACAGGUGAUGCUUUAUACAGCAGCAUAAUCAGGAACGAGGUAAUUGAACUAUUUUGCAGAGUCGUAGAUGUUGAUUGUAGAAUUACAAGAAGAUUAGGCACAGAGAAAACAAUUAGAGCAUUAUGUAGCCCAGAAAUAAAUUCAACCAAGCUACUUAGCAAGCUAAUAAGCGAAUCCACGUGGCAAUAUGUAAAAAUAGAGCACCUGCUUGGUAGAAUAAAUGAGCUGGGCUCUAGAUGCAAACUUGAUGGCAUCUCGUGCUGUGUGAAGAUUUACAAUUUCAGUGGCAAGAGAGAUAAUGAGAUUCUUGAAAGGCUUGUAUACGAAUUGAAUGCUCUUUCGUUCGAUCGUAAAGAAGUGCUUGUACUAAUUGGCCAUGUAAGUUAUGCAAAUAUGCAUGCUCAGAUGCUUUUCAAAAACAACGAGGUUGUAUCACGAUUGGUUAGUAGGGCAUGCCAUUCGAAACCCAGCGAAAUAAGUACAGAGAUAUUUUUCUGCAUAUAUUGUUUAACAAGUGUGCUUGAGGAGAGUAGAAAGAUAAUUGCAAAAAGCAAGCUGGUUCCUGCUGUAUUUGUGCUUCUCAAGCAAAAGAUUGAGGGAAAAACAUUUGAUUCUGCAUUUGCUAUGGCUGUGUUGCUUCUUAAGAAUGUGACUAGAAGCGUAACACUGCUGAGAUCGGACUUUCUGGACUGCCCAAUUGUAGAAACACUGAUAAAUAUUCUGGAACACAGUCUUCCAGAAACCAUCGAUGGAGUCUCUGCAAUUAUGCCUGAAAAUGAGGUAUGUAUUGGCAUUGUUGAGCAAAGCGUUCUGAAGAUCCUUGCCAAUCUUGUAAUGGAAUAUGGAGAUUAUAAAUCGAAGUUUGUUGCUCUGGGUGGGGUGGAGAUCGUUUUAAGAUACGUAGAACGAUUUCCAUGCGUGGUAUUACAUUUGUUCAAAAAUUUUCUGUACAAUGCAACUACAGCCACAAAGGAAACUUUCAUUAAGAAGACUCAUAGACUCUUCUUCGGCAUUUUCUUUGAAAUUUACGAGCAAAAGAAAGAUCUGAUGGUUUUGGGAAAUUGCUUCAACGUGAUCAGGAAUCUCCUAUGUGACGACUCUCUUGACUAUAUUGUGCAUGGAUUCGAAGGCAUAAUAAGCCAAAUAUUUGUGUAUCUUGAGAAGUUUGGUAGCAUUGGUAUGAUUGAAGAGGGUAGCAACGAUGAAUGGGUCAUGCUGCAGAUAAUGUACUGCAUUGUUAAUUUAAGUACAGGAUCAGAUAAAUUCAAGAAAGUGGUUCUCAACUCCAAGCACUUGGAUGGCAUGAAGAGAAUAUGCACAACCAGGAAUCUCUGCAUUGCAUUUGUGUGGAUAAUAAUAAACUUGUCAUGGAGGGAAGACGGAUUUGAAAACAGAGUUGAAGCAUUGCGUGAGAAUGGAAUAAAAGAGUGGAUACUUGGGCUUGAUGUAAAAGAUUCUGUUUUUGCAGACAAGAUCGGAACUGCAUUGGAAAACCUAAGGCUUGCAUGA